UCUAACACCACACACAGCCGCUGUGGAUUUGACUUGCAGUUGAAUUUUGGACUCCAGAAAUCAGGGACUAUGAAGCUCAGUGUGGCAUUCAUUCUGCUGUCCCUCAUGGGAAUAUGCUCAGCUUACAAUUACAAAAAUGUGGCCUUGCGUGGCAAAGCAACUCAGUCAAAUCGCCUUGAGCACAACUUUGGGGACGCCAGCAGUGCAAUCGAUGGAAACCGUGAGUCCACCUUUUCAGCCGGUUCAUGCACCCAUACUGUAGAAAUGCCCAACCCCUGGUGGAGGGUGGACCUGCUGGACCGCUACACUGUCACCUCUGUCAUCAUCACCAACAGAGGAGACUGCUGUGCAGACAGGAUCAACGGGGCUGAGGUCCACAUUGGGGAUUCUUUAAAAGACAAUGGUGUCGCAAAUCCACUGGCUGGUGUCAUUUCUAACAUCCCUGCAGGAAGUUCGUUCACUCUGCCAGUGAAUGAUUUGGCUGGGCGCUACGUGACGGUUAGUCUCCCUGGUUCCGGCAGAUAUCUGACUCUCUGUGAGGUGGAGGUCUAUGGGUACCUCGCGCCGACAGGAGAGAACCUUGCACUCAAGGGAAAAGCCUCACAGUCAACAUUAUUUACAGAAGGCUCGGCAUACUUUGCCAUUGAUGGAAACACUGACAGCGACCGGGAAAGUAGGUCCUGCUCUCACACCAACAACAACUUAGCCCCCUGGUGGCGACUGGAUCUGAUCAAAACUCACAAAGUGUUCUCGGUUAAGAUAACAAACCGCAGAGAUCCUGAGUUCUCACCACGACUGAAUGGAGCUGAGCUCCGCAUCGGAGAUUCUAUUGAAAACAACGGCAACAACAAUCCCAGAUGUGCUGUGAUCGAUAGCAUCCCAGCUGGAGCUACUGUUGAAUUCAAAUGCAAUGGGAUGGAUGGUCGCUAUGUUAACGUAGUUAUCCCUGGAAGGGAGGAGUACCUGACUCUCUGCGAGGUGGAGGUUUAUGGGUCUGUCCUGGAUUAGGAUUGAGAGUUCCUUCUGUUGCACAAGUUGAGCCCAUCCUGUUGUGUGUACUAAAAGCAUUAACGUGUAGAUGAGGCUUCAUUUUGAUUAUUUUGCCUGAAAAACGGCUAAUAAAAUGUUGUGCAACAUGAUAACAA